AUGACGAAGGUUAACCAGGGACUCGCCAGCUCACGCCGCAAGUCGCGAAAGGCACACUUCAGUGCGCCGAGUAGCGUGCGCCGUGUGAUCAUGUCGGCGCCAUUGAGCAAGGAACUCCGCGAGAAGUACAACGUGCGCAGCAUCCCUGUCCGAAAAGAUGACGAGAUCAUGAUCGUUCGUGGCACACACAAGGGACGUGAGGGCAAGGUCACCUCCGUCUACCGUCUCAAGUUCGCCCUUCACAUCAACGGAGUUGUCCGUGAGAAGAGCAACGGCCAGUCCGUUCCCAUCCCCGUCGCCGCUUCCAAGGUCGUCGUUACGAAGCUCAAGCUCGACAAGGACCGUGAGAACAUCUUGGAGAGAAUAAAGGAUGGUCGGGAGGCGGCAGCAAAGAAGAGGGAGGCAUAG